AUAUGCCUAUAGACAUCUAUAAACAAGACGGCCAUUUCCUCGAACGACCGCUAAAUAAUUAACGAAAAUAUAAAAGAUGUUAUGUCAGCAGUCGAUCAUUCAUUUACGUAAGGUCCAAGCGUAGCCCCGCCCACUUUGGCGUGCAUGUUCGCCAUGCAGACUACGGCGGUUCCUAAAGUCUUCUACUGCGAUCAAAACAAUCCCACAAUAUACAUCUCUUCUUAAUCAGAUCUGUGAGGCAUUUUAUCCCCCGAUUUCCUUAUGAAUACGUCGUGUUAAUAUAUCACCCUUGUUGAUUAGCGAUUGAUUAUGAUAUAUUAAGAUUGAUUGAGUGGGCUCUCAUUGGUCCGAUUAGACACGAGAUUUUCCCCCCUCGAGGCAGAAAGCACUUUCAACGUCGGACAAUGCAAAAACACAUCCACGUAGAUUAGGCAAUUAUGAUGAAUUCAGAUUUCAGAAUAAUUUUAUACAGACAAACUAUGUUUCAACGAACGUGAUACGAACUCGGAAUACUCAGUGAUAUCUUGUUUACUUUUUAAUCCAGGUGUGAUCCGGUGAAAAAAAUAACAACAUCUCGACAGACAGGUGUUGUUGAGUGUAUGCGAGGCUCCAAGCGGGAGGCGGUGGAAAUUCUUAGAUCUCUAAUGGAUCUCUCGGUGGCGGAGAGUCUUCAAGCCUUGGAGCGAACUGCAGCAUGGGUGAACCAGGUGGCCCAAAUGCGGCAGAUGUCCAGUUUCCAGGACAUCAAGGAGGAUUCGAUGGGGGACAGUAAUCCGGACCGUGACGCCUACAGCGACAAAGACUUCGACGAUAUUCCGGACAGCUACGAGGGUCUACAGGUAAACUAUGAUAGGGAGACGUUUGAGUCGAGCGACGGAAGCCGUCAAGCUGAUGCUGGGUCAUCUAGUACGAUGGACUUUGUGGAUAUUCCUGCCACCGUUCAGGAGUUCAAGGCCGCCUUGGAAAGUUCAGGGAUCUCCCAGAGGUUUGCGGCCAAGUUCAUCAUGGAUUCCACCAGUCAGGGUAACCUCAGCUUCCUGCUGGAAAAAGGGAAAUCCAAACACUGGUCAGAGCUAAGCUGCAGGGGACGUCUACCGUACAUCCGCAUGAGGAGGUGGCUGGACAGCCCCGAGGAACAGAGGAUCACCCUCAGUCAACUCAGUAUGACCAAAGAGUUCAAGAAAACUGGUCCUAAGGAUGGGAGUGGCAGGCGAGGAAAAUUCACACUGUUUCAGCUGAUGGUGCUGUGUCGAUUUUUCGAGGAAGACCAGAAUCCUUCUCUUAAUACCAGGAUGUUAUUGGCCGAAAAACUUUUGGUUUCCCUAGAACGAAUUACAAUUUGGUUCCAGAAUCAGAGGGCUCGGGGAUUUCCUGCUAAGCGCGUAUUGUGUCUCAUGAGUGUUGAUCGACAGAACGCUGAAAGUGAGAAAGCAGAGUUCGGUAGAAAGUAUAAAAAUAUACAGGAUGACAUUCAAAAAAGGACACAGGCUCUGACUGGUGCACUUCAGAACAUGGCUGGAACCACAGCGCCAAGCCCAACCUUGAAUGGAACCGAGUCAAAUCUUUCAUCAAGUUAUUUCAAUGGAUUAUCGACUGAAACUCAGAGCCCAUCUGCAGGGCCAAGAACAAUGGAUUUAUCCUCUGCUCCAGGAUCAGUACGUUCUCUUUCGGCUUCGCCGCAUCUGAGUCAGCGAUACAAGCCGUACGAUAUUCCGCCGGUGUGGGGAAAUAGUGACAGAUAUGGAAACUUUACAAACUAUCUGCUGCAGCAGACGACUAGCUCUGCCGGCAACAGCAUUCAAAACCCAAAUGUUAUUCAGUCGGACGAAUCAAAUGCCAGUAUGAAGAAGGAGUUAGGGGACCUAGGGAUGAAUUUGACACCAGGGAGAAAUCUCCCAGAGAAAAGCUCGGGAUCAACGGAUCCAAGACCAGCGUUUCUAGUGCAGAAUAUGGUCAAUUCUUCCAGUGUUUUCAGUCGGCCUUAUCCUCACAAUGCAUAUCAGUUAGGUAAUAUUGGACAAAAUGGCGUACCAGAGAAAGAGGGAAUAACAAUGACCAAGUCGUCCGAUUUUCAGAUCCCGAUUUCACCCGCACCAAAAAUGUCUGAAAUGGAAAUGACCUCUUCAAAAAAACAUGAAAAAAUAACUAAUGGGAAUGUUGGAAGUAUUUCUGAUCAUGGUGAUGAAUCAAAUGGACCCCAGUCUUUACGAACCGUCGUCAAAGAAGAGCCAAAGGGGGACCAAGGCCACAUAGGAUCCUCCGUUUAUAACAACCCAUCUCCACCGAUUAAUAACUCCUCUUAUAAUUACCCAAUGGGAAAUCAUCUCAACGGUCACGUAAAUUUUGCGUCCAUCAAAGUAGAAAACGUUGAAGAUGAUGCUAACAUGUCAAAACCAGACAGAAUCACUGCAAGUCAGUCAGAGCGUUCUGGAAAAAUAAAUGGGGCUUACGAGAGGGCGCCAUCAUCUCCCUCACUGACGAAUGGCAGAGCAUUGAACUCUGAACUUGCUUCUUUGAAAAAAGAGGUGGAUCGGUUUAAUUAAUUAUUUAAUAAUUGAUAAUUUAAAAGUGGAUAGAUGGAGUUGCAAAUCAGAUGAUACACUCCGUUUACCAAGGAUUUUGGCAUUAAUUAAGAUGGUUGUGUGGUAACCAAAUGGUUAGUUACUGAUAUAAAUCUGAUUAGAUGAGGAUUUUAGUACUAAGAUUAUUGUGCAUGUCAUGUUAAUUUCGACAGUGUUGUGUACUACAAUAUUUGUAGUUGUCUUUUGAGUUUUUAAGUUGUAAUCCAUCAUAGCACAUAAUUUUCAUGUUUUUUCUCUUUGACGAUAAAGAGAUUGAAGUUCAAGAUGUGAUAACAUUUUCUGGUACAAAUUUUUGAUAUUGCAUUAUUUUUUUCCUUAAUCAGACUAGUGUUACUUUGUUAAUUUGCUUCGACUGGAGGAAUAAGUUGUGUGUCAAAAUUAUGCAUUAAUAUGUAUACCAGUAUGCUCCAAACUCUAUCUGUCGUUAUCAAUAAAAGCAUCUUCAUUAUUAAUAAUUAAGUUAAAAAUCAAACAAAACUUCAUAAAUACAUCCCUCUCCUGUAAUUUCACAUUAAGUUACCUCACUACAUCAAGACUUAUGCUUUUCAAAAAUUACACUACGUCGCAAGAUGGCAAUUAAAUUUUUUUUUUUCAUCAAUCAAUUUGGUUGAACAACACCAUAGCUCAGUGGUAAAAGUACAGUACUGGGCUUGUGAAUGGCAAAUCAUGAGUUCAAAUCCGCCCAAGGUGUUUGUUUAUACAUGUAUUUACUGAAAUAAAUUUUUGAAAAUCAUGAUUUUUAUCCAAAACUGCUAAUCUUUUCACCUAUUUGACUCGUAUACUUCUUAUGCCUCAUGCUAUCUAUCAUAAUCAAGUGCAUGUAAUUUUUUUGCUUAUCUAAGAGAAUAUUUCUAGGUGUAGUGAGCCACCUUAAUUUUGAUAUUUCAUUCACAGUGAUAUUCUCCUUUCUGAUCAUUUUUUUUUGGUACUUUAUAUCAGGAAUUUAUCCUCCAUUCUUCAAACACGAUGAACUGUUGUGCUUAGAGUCUUACUAGUCACAAUGACUGAGCAUUUUUGUUAUCAUCUCAAAAGCUGAAUUCUGUUAACUCAUCCUAAGCAUGCACACAUGUAAUAUAUCAGUGUUAAAAGAAAUUAUUUUAAGGUUGCACAUCCCUCAGGUCAAAAAGUGAUAUUGUGUGAAUGGGAAAUAAAGUAACUCCUGCAUUACAACAUGUUUAAUGAACAAUCUCAAGGAAAAACAAAUUGUCUAACAUAGCUGAGGGGUGUACAACCUUAAACUGAUGGGAGAAAAAAUGAUAUGAUUACUGUAUUAGUCUUGUUUGUUUAAUGUUUGGAUAUUAAACUCCAGAAUGAACAGUGCUGAAGAAUGUUAUAGAGCUGUUAUUCAGUAUAUGAAAGAUUAUCACAAGGUUCUUGUAGGAAACUAUGUGUGGAUCUAAAAAGGGAUUGGGGGUCGAGGAAAAACUCGAAUUUCUUAAUUUUGCUUUGUACCGUAAUAUUACCAAAAGUUAUUCCUCAGAACCCUCCCCCUUUUUUCUCCUCCCCUGGAAAAAAUUUCUGGAUCUGCACAUGGAAUUUGAGAGGAAACUUGACAAUAACUAAAUACAUGUACACACGAAUUGUGUUGGAUUAAUCGUCUGCGUAUAUUUGUAAUGUUUGAUAAAAUGUGAAUUUUGUAUGUAGAUCUGUAUCAAAAGUUUUUUUUGGAAGAAAAAACCCCCAACCAGUUUAUUUGUAUAGAAUGAUGCAUGUAUUUAUGCCUAGUAAUUUAUUUCACUUUAGUAUGUUUGUACCAAUUUGUAUUUAUAUAUGUAUGCCCUUGAUGGUUGUGUGCCUAUUGUUAACUAUACAAAAAGUUUUAUUAUAAACUCACCCUUUUGAUAGGUAUAGUUUUUAAUAACUAUAUAUAUCUCAUUUUGUUAGUGUACUUGAUGUGAUACAAUUUUACAUGCAACAAAAAGCUGGAAUUUUUUUUUGUAACAAUCGCUCUUUGCUCAGUGAGCUUUUAAAGGUCAGAUAGCAAGGUCAUUAGGUCAGCAAGGACCCAGGUUCAGGGUCAAAGUUCAAGAAGCAGGACUUAUGAUAGUUUUCCCCAUACUUGGCUAUGUACAUGAAUAUGAAUGGAUUAAAAAAUUAUGGCAUUAAAAAUUGAGUAUAUACCACACAUCUUGCAUUGAUCAUAACACUGUUAACACUUAUUUCUAUCAGUAUGUACAUUAAAGAAAAUUCUUUAUGUAAACUUAGAAAUGUACAUUAUAUACGACAAUUUGGAUUCAUAUGAAUGUAACUUCCUGUUAAUUAUUUAAAACAUGUAGCAUUUGUCACCUAUGUAAAAUUUAUUUAGUAAUUUACUGAAGUAUACAUUACACAAGCAUUUUAAAAAAUCUAUACAAGUUGUUAGAUCUGUUGAAAAGUGUAGGAAAAAAUGCAAGUACAUACAAUCAUGUAAUAUCCAAUGCAGUUAAUUUUUGACAUUAACUGAACUAAGAAUUUUUUUUAUUUAAGAAAUAAGGAAUCAUUCUUUGAGUAUUAUGAGGUGAUCAAAUAGGGCCAGGAGUGAUCAAAUCCAAUAAAGUCCAAAGGGCUUUAUGAUAGAUUUUUUCGCCUCGCAGUAUUUGAUCACGUCAUAAUAUUCAAAUGACUCCUUGUUAGUUACAUUUAAAUAGAUAUUUAUAUAGAUAAAUAUUUUUCACAAUUGUACCAUUAAAUAUUAAAAUAGUCAUUGAUGGAAUGUAUUGGACUAUAAAUUACAAAAUUGACUCGUAGUGUUUAUCACAGACAAAGACAUUGGAAAAUAUAAUUAUACUGGUAUGAAGCUACAGAACUUUCCAUAUACUGGACAAUGCUGCAUACAUUUAUACUUUUAUCUAUUUAAGGUAUCAGAUAAUUUUAAGAAGGAAAUUUUGUUAUGUGUACUUUCAGCCUAUGUAAAAAACUGUGAAAAAUCAUGCAAAUGUUUUGUGCAAAAUAGCAAUAACUUCAGCAUCACACAAAUUGAAAACCAUUUUGUAUUUGUGGUCACUGAAUGGCAUCUUCUAGAUACAUUUACUUGUUGAAAUAAAGUAUCAAAAGAAAUUGGA